AUGAAUAUUAAUUUUGUCUCUCACCUCAUGCUUCCAACGAAUGGUGGCUGGAACCGUGAAUUAGUAGACUAUGUUUGUUGGCCGCCAACAGCUCGAGCUAUUCUUGCAAUCCCUCUCCCUUUGCAACCGGGUGAAGAUGGUUUCUUUUGGGUAGCUACUACGGAUGGCAGGUACAGUUCUAAAACAGGUUAUCAGUUUAUUUGUAAUGAGAGGCUAGCUAACCAAGCUUCCAGCUCCUUAGGACCUUCAAUGUCUGCCUCUUUGUGGAACAAAUUGUGGAGAGCCGAUGCAGUUUCCACGUGCCGCGAGACCGCAUGGAGAGCCUGCUUGGACAUUCUACCGGUGAGAACGGAGCUGCAUAGAAGGGGAGUAGCACCUGAUCCAUCAUGCCCCUGGUGCCUUGACGCUCCGGAGACGGUUGAGCACACCCUUCUCUACUGCCCUAGGCUUAGACCGAUGUGGUUCGCGUCUCCGCUUGGCCUUCGCUUCGAUGUGGAGAGCUCGAUGCAGGAUUUCUUGGCUGGUUUUUUAGUUGAUGUGGACUUCGUGGCAGCAGGAGUGUUGUUCGCGACUUUCUACUCGGUGUGGCAAGCUCGAAAGGAUUUUUUGUUCCGCUCGUCCAGCUCGACGCUUGAGCAGAUUCUGGUUCGUGCUUCCCGGCUUCGCCCUUCUCGGGUUUUGGCUCAGCCACCUACCAUUCCCCGUGCUCCACUUGCAUCAUCAUGGAGGAAACCUGCAAUAUGUAUUUUCAACCUUAAUUUUGAUGCAGCUUUAACAACAUCACAUGAAGCAGGCUUUGGACUAAUAGCUAGAGACAAGGAAGGGGAAAUUCUAGCUGCAGCAACAUCUAUCUUGGAGCCAGUUCUAUCCCCGAUUAUGGCGGAGGCUCUUUGUUUUCGGUGGGCUCUUGGACUAGCUUCAGAAUUGGGAUUCAGGCGCGUGUGCAUGGAGACAGAUUGUCUUGGCCUUUUCAAUUAUUGGAGGCAGCGGGAAGGUGCAUCUUCUCAUUUGGAGACAGUUGUUAGAGAUUUUCGUUUUAUGCUUUCAAAUUUUGAUGUUUUUGAUUUUUCUUUUGUUCGUAAAAUUGGGAAUGCUGUUGCUGAUGCUUUAGCAAAACUGGCGUUUCGCCUAGGUAGCUUGGUUUGGAUUGAAGAGUCUUCUUAG